GCACUUGCUCAGACAGUCCGUCGCUCAGUUCCCCGUACCCGGAAAUGGCGGCAAUUUGGGCGCCGCCGCCGUGUGGCGCCUCCACUUCCUCUCCUUCUCCGUCCUUCAUCCACUCCAGAAUGAUCUCCUCCUUGACCCGUGUCAUCAGUCCGCCAUGUGUCUUCUCUCCCGAAGGUCUUCUCCGGUCUCAACCAAAGAGCUGGAGGAACCGACGGUUCUCCUCAGUUGCGGCUGCGCCGUUCGACUUCUCCCCUCCCCCAAUCGAUCACGAUGUAGUCGAUACCGCGGUGGUUGCAGGGGCGAAGGUUUCGGAAGAUGGGAUUGUCGAAACCUAUGAUAAUGAUGAUGAAGCAUUGUAUGCAGCAGAUAAUGGUGUUGCGGUUGUGGAUUUGUCACAUUAUGGACGCAUAAGAGUCAGGGGAGAAGAUCGUGUCCCAUUUCUUCACAACCAGAGUACUGCCAAUUUUGAAUGCCUUCGUGAAGGACAGGGAUGCGACACUGUUUUUGUGUCACCAACAGCUCGUACGAUCGAUAUUGCUCAUGCAUGGGUCAUGAGAAAUGCAAUUACUUUAGUGGUCUCUCCAGUUACCUGUAAAAACAUCGUAGAAACGCUCAACAAGUAUAUAUUUUUUGCUGACAAGGUCGAGAUCCAAGAUAUUACCAAGCAGACAUCCUUCUUUGUCCUUUUAGGAUCUAAGAGCAGCCAAAUUAUGGAGGAUUUGAAUCUCGGGGAUCUUGCAGGACAACCGUACGGUUCACAUAAACAUUAUAGUGUGAAUGGAAUGCCAGUUACCAUUGGAGUGGGAAACCUGAUUUCUGAAGAAGGUUUUUCCAUGUUAAUGUCACCUGCUGCUGCCUCAUCAGUGUGGGAUAUUCUUUUGUCUCGUGGUGCCACACCAAUGGGAUCUAAUGCAUGGGAAAGAUUGAGGAUUCUGCGAGGUAGACCAGCCCCUGGAAAAGAGCUUACAAAAGAGUUCAAUGUUCUAGAAGCGGGUCUGUGGAACUCGAUAUCGCUGGACAAGGGUUGCUACAAGGGGCAAGAAACUAUAUCUAGGCUAAUCACAUACGAUGGGAUCAAGCAGAGUCUAUGGGGUCUUUAUCUAUCUGCACCAGCGGAACCUGAGAGCCCUAUUACGCUUGACGGUAAAAAGGUGGGGAAGCUGACGAGCUGUACCUUAGGGAGAAAAGAAUCAGGGUACUUCGGGUUAGGCUACAUCAAGAGGCAAGCUGCUUCAGAGGGUAGCAACGUCGUCGUUGGAGAUGGCAUUACCGGGAAACUAGUGAAGGUUCCAUUUCUUGCCAAUCAACGUCCUCCCCCGCCAGUGAAGAAGUGAGGCCCCUGAGAUCAUAUAGAUGAAUAUGCGGGAUGCUUUGCAUGGAAGAAAGGCAUGAAUUUGAAAUGCACAGCUUAAGAAUGCUACUGUUACAGUCGCUGAUGAUUAGGUAAAUGGCUUUUUACCCCGAAUUGUGAACGCAAGGGGAGGUGAUUGGAAACUGAGACGUACGAGCAACCGGUCUAAGGCUAACUACCAUGCCACCCUCGGUGGUCUGAUUCUGAUAUCUCAAAUUAAUUGGGUCUCACUUAACAUGAGACUUGGGAUAGUCAAUGUUCUCGUUCCCACGGAAUACAAAUCUUGUGUAGACUUGGACGAUCAUCUAACUUUAGAAUUGUCUCGUACGA